AUGGAAGAUAUGGGUAGAGAUUACAGGGAUAUUUAUUACUAGCAAAGAUUAGUCCCAUUAGAAUACCUCUAUGAUGAUAAACAUCUUGUUAGGUUAUAUGAGGCAGACUCAAUCAACUCAUAAUAUAUUCAGUCAACUAUCAAUGAAGAGUAUGAGAAGCAGAUGCUAGAAGCUUUCUUGCAAAAAAGAAUAAUGAAUGGUUCAGCAAUUCCACUUAUUGAUAAACCUAGGCAUGAUCAUAUAGUAAAAAGAACUAAAUAGCUUUAAAAGGUAUUUUACUAUGGAGAUGAACUUUCAAGUCUUGAGCUUGAUAUCGAGAGAAUGUACAUUUCAGAUAAAAUGGAAAAAUACAGCACAUAUGUUAAAAGGAAAUCAAUGAGAUAUAAAGUUAGAUGGACAGUGUCUGAUUUGAACAGAUAUCAAGACUAAGUGAAUUACAGAAUGAACGAUCCAGAGUAUUUUGGAACAACCAAGCCAAGAUUCCUUCCUCUCGAUUUGGAUCAAGCAUUAGUAAAUAUGAAGGUUCAUUAAGACAUUCAAAAAACUUCACAGUUAAGAAGAGCUAUGACUUGGUUUACUGAUACCAAAGCAUUCGAAAGAGGUUAAAAGAGAUGUUUAGUCUAAUCUACGACACUUUUAAGCAGAUUUUUAAUGUAUAUAGAUUCGUGGGAGUUUGUAAACACAAUGGAUGUUGAGAAUGAUUUCCAUAUUAAUCAUUCAAUUGCCAAUAUGCAUGUUUACUUAAUCUAUCAAAGAUUGAGAGAUUUUUCAGAGAACAAAUAUGCCUUCUAACUAAAAGAAGAGUUGAUUGAGUCAUUUAAUAAACUCACAAAUAGUGAGAUGCAAGAUGUUGAUGUAUUAAGAAAAUAAAAGAAGAUCGAUGAAAUCGACAAUUAUCUUUUUGCUAUCAGAAGAAACUUUGAUUAUCAUUUCUACAUUAAUGCUAAGUCAGUUGAUAAUCCAUAUUACAAACUUGAUGCCUUGGUAUGGAGCAGCAUUUAUCAUGAAAAAGUGCCAAGAUAUUCAGAAAAGGUAUAUAAAAUGGCAGAGUAUUUCCAGCAGCAUUACCAGUAUCUCAAAACUUUAACUUUUGAGGAUAUUGAAUAAUGCAAAAUUGACUGGUCUGCAUAUAGAGUUCCUGUAAACUAUAAAGACAAGAUAAUUAAAGUUAACCCACAAUUGAGUGCUGAGGAGUUUGAAAAAGAAUAUAAUUCACCUUAUAAGAUAAAGAAGUUUCAUUAUAACUUCAGAUAAGAUGAUGAGCUUACAGAGGAAAAUCUCAAAAAGACCUUUAUCAAUCUUUGUACAAGUGCAUUUUUCCAUAAUAAAGAAAAGACAAUCAGAUAAGAGCACUUGAAUCUUGAUUCGAUGAAUAGUAAUGAGAAAGAAGAGGUUAUUUUUAGAAUGAAGAAAAGUCUAGAAACUUUAAGUGAACUCCCUCUUCAUAAUGAGAGCUUUUUCUCUAGUAUUCAUAAAGCUAAUCCACUUUAAACUCAAUUCAACAUAUGGAAGAGAAACUUAUUCGUUCCGUUAACAGACUAAUUAGAAGAAAAAGCAAAGAGAAAGAUGCAAGAUAUUGAGGAUCAGGCAAAAUUGGAGAAAGAAAAGGAAACAAUCUGGUUCGAAGGAAAGAGAGAACUAUAUGAUCCUGAAAAUGAAGAAAAGAGAUUAGAGAGACAUCAAGCUAUCCUUAAAUAGCAUUUAGCUGAGGAAAGAAAGAAGCAAGGAUUAGAUGCCCCAGACUACGAUAAAGUAUCACCAGAGUAUGAGAAAGAUCCAAUGAAAGACUCUGUUGAUAGUCUGCCUGUCAAGAGAAAGCAAAAGUGGAGAAUAUGGUGA